AUGCCCAAGUUCAAGCAAUGAAGAAUAAAGCUAAAAGCCAAAGCGAAAAGACUUUUCAAAAGAAAAGAAGCCUCUCACUUUCAGUCUAAGCUAGUUACACCUCCCCCUCCGCCACCCUCACCAGAAAGAGUGGUUAUUCCUUCAACAGAUACACCCCUUAGCAGAAGCUGGCUAAGACCAUCCUGGAACUUCAAAUUUCCCAGUUUUAAAGAUGCAGUAAAGCUUUGGACAAAUAGAGUAUGGUCUACAUACAACUGGUUUCAGAACUGCAUGGCCCGGAGUUUGGAAGUUUUGAAAGACACCAUCUUCCCAUCCCAUUCCUGCCACCAAGAACUUCAGAGUCUAAAACAAUGGUUUCUCAUUUUGGAAAAUCAAUUACGCAAGCUCCAGGAAGCACUGAAGGCCGUCUCAGAAAAUUCUUCCUGUCCAAGCUGUGGUCAGAUGUGUCACAUGCGUGGUAAACUUACAAAUGUGCCUGCACGUGCUCUAACCACCCCUGGAGACUCCGGGGCUCUACUUCCUGCCUCACUGCCACAGCCAGCCAGUCAUUUUCCUCCGCCCCUGCCUCCACCUCCGCCUCCACCCCCUCCGCCUCCACCACUGACAGCACCUUUGCUGCUCAGAAAAUCUGAUCUCACUAAAGCACUUCAGGCUGGACCAUUAAAAAAAAGUGGACCCAUGCAGAUAACAGUUAAAGAUCUACUGAUUGUGAAAUUAAAGAAGACACAGAGUUUUGAUGAAAGGAGGAAGCUUGUACCAUCACCAAAGGCACAGAAUCCACUAGUUACUGUCUCUGACCUGCAGCACGUUUCCCUGAAACUGAAGUCCAAAGUGUUACCAACUCGAGUUACAAACGUCUUCAUUACUCCUGGUAAAAGCCAGUUAGAUCUGUGGAAACUACUCAGAAAAGUCGAUGUAGAGAGGAGCCCAGGUGGAACCCCACUUACCAAUAAAGAAAAUAUGGAAACAGGAACUGGGCUGACCCCAGUAAUGACCCAGGCCUUGAAGAGAAAGUUUCAGCUGGCUCACCCUAGAAGUCCAACUCAAACUCUGCCGCCACUUUGUACAAGCAGCUUUGAUGAAUAA